AUGCCUGUAAAUCCAUGGACCCUUUUUUUCUUAUCCAUUUUUCUAUUACUUCUACACCAUUCUUUUCUAUCUUUUGCAGUAAAUCAACAAGGGGAAGCUCUUCUUUCAUGGAAGAGAACUUUGAAUGGAUCUUUGGAAAUUUUGAGUAACUGGGACCCGAUUGAGGAGACACCAUGUAGCUGGUUUGGAGUGAGUUGCAACUUGAAGAACCAGGUAGAAGAAUUGGAUUUGAGGGAUGUGGAUUUGCUUGGAAAACUCCCAACAAAUUUCAUCUCAUUGUUCUCCUUGACUAGUCUUAUCUUAAUGGGAACGAAUCUCACCGGUUCAAUCCCAAAAGAAUUAGGUGCUCUCGUUGAACUCAGCUACUUGGACUUGAGUGACAAUGCAUUGAGCGGCGAAAUCCCCAGUGAACUAUGCUAUUUGCCUAAACUCGAGGAACUUCAUCUGAACUCAAACGAGCUCGUGGGGUCGAUUCCAAUCGCAAUUGGGAACCUCACAAAGUUGACAAAGCUGAUCUUAUACGACAAUCAGUUGAGUGGCGAAAUUCCAAACACAAUAGGCAACAUGAGGAGUCUUCAAGUGAUAAGAGCGGGAGGAAACAAAGAUUUAGAAGGGCAAUUACCACAUGAAAUUGGAAACUGUUCCAGUUUGAUCAUGUUGGGUUUAGCAGAAACAAGCAUCUCAGGUUUCAUGCCACCAACUAUAGGACUAUUGAAAAAGCUUGAAACAUUAGCCAUUUACACCUCACUUCUCUCUGGCCAAAUUCCCUCUGAAAUUGGUGACUGCACAAACCUUCAAAAUAUUUACCUUUAUGAAAACUCACUCACAGGAUCGAUUCCAACCAAACUGGGAAACCUUAAGAAUCUCAGAAACCUGUUACUGUGGCAGAACAAUUUAGUAGGCACCAUCCCUCAAGAGAUUGGAAACUGUUACCAAUUAUCCGUGAUCGACGCAUCAGUAAACUCAUUAACAGGAAGCAUCCCUAAAAGCUUUGGGAAUUUGACUUUGUUGGAAGAACUUCAAUUGAGUGCCAAUCAGAUUUCUGGCGAGAUACCCAAAGAAUUAGGGAACUGUCAACAACUGACUCACGUGGAGCUUGAUAACAACCUUAUAACCGGUACAAUACCUUCCGAAUUAGGAAACCUUGGGAAUCUAACGUUGUUGUUUCUGUGGCAUAAUAAGUUACAAGGUAAUAUACCUUCUUCUCUUUCCAAUUGUCAAAACCUUGAGGCUAUUGAUCUGUCACAGAAUGUGUUAACUGGUCCUAUACCAGAAGGGAUAUUCCAGCUUCAGAAUCUUAACAAGCUUUUGCUUCUAUCUAAUAAUCUCUCUGGUAAAAUUCCCUCUCAGAUUGGGAAUUGUUCUUCUCUUAUUCGCUUUAGAGCCAACGACAACAACAUUACUGGUGCCAUUCCUUCUGAGAUUGGGAAUCUUAAGAAUUUGAACUUCCUUGACCUCGGGAACAAUCGAGUUUCUGGUGUUAUCCCGGAGGAGAUCUCCGGCUGCGGGAAUCUCACUUUCUUGGACUUGCAUUCGAACUUUAUUGCCGGAAGCUUGCCUGAAAGUUUGAGUCAGCUGGUUUCACUUCAAUUUCUUGAUGUCUCUGAUAACAUGCUUGAAGGCUCCCUGAGCCCAUCUCUCGGCUCGCUCGCCGCACUUACUAAGCUUGUUCUUCGAAAUAAUCGAAUCUCCGGUUUGAUUCCUAGCAAACUUGGUUCCUGUGUAAAGUUGCAGCUAUUGGACCUAAGCAGCAAUGAAUUCUCUGGUAAAAUCCCCGGUAGUAUUGGUAAAAUUCCGGCUCUGGAAAUAGCUCUGAAUCUAAGCACAAAUCAUCUCGCUGGCAACAUUCCCCGUGAGUUUACAGAUUUAACAAAACUCGGAGUUCUUGAUCUAUCUCACAACAUUCUCACCGGAAACCUCAAUUAUCUCGCUGGAUUAGAAAAUCUCGUGGUCCUCAAUAUCUCCUCUAAUAAGUUCUCUGGCCGCGUUCCGAACACGCCAUUCUUUACAAAACUUCCUUUAAACGUUCUCUCCGAAAACCCGUCGCUGUGUUUCGCCGGCAACGGGUGCUACAAUGAAGGUGGCGGAAAGUCAGGGAAGCGAGCCAGGGAAGCGCGAGUGGUGAUGGUUAUUCUCCUCAGCGUCGCAUGCGUUUUACUCAUGGCAGCACUGUACGUUGUUGUGGCAGCAAAACGACGCGGAGAGCAAGAAAGCGACGUGGAGAUCAAUGGAAAAGAAUGCGACGCGGAAAUGAUCCCACCUUGGGAGGUGACAUUGUACCAGAAACUCGAUCUGUCAAUAUCCGACGUAGUAAAAUGUCUCUCUGCUGGCAAUAUCAUCGGCCACGGCCGAUCCGGAGUCGUUUACAAGGUUACCAUGCCAGCAACCGGAUUAACUAUCGCAGCUAAAAAGUUCCGGUUAUCAGAGAAAUUCUCAGCUUCGUCAUUUUCAUCAGAGAUUGCCACAUUGGCAAGAAUACGACACCGUAACAUUGUGCGGUUAUUAGGUUGGGGUGCUAACCGCAGAACAAAGUUACUGUUUUACGAUUAUUUACCGAACGGUAAUUUGGAUGCUAUGUUACAUGACGGAUGUACAGGAUUAGCAGUGGAAUGGGAGACAAGGCUCAAGAUAGCAAUUGGCGUCGCUGAAGGAUUGGCUUAUUUGCAUCAUGAUUGUGUCCCUGCUAUCUUGCACCGGGAUGUUAAGGCGCAGAAUAUUUUGUUAGGUGAUAGAUAUGAAGCUUGUUUGGCUGAUUUUGGAUUCGCUCGUUUCGUUGAAGAACAUCACUCUUCAUUUUCAGUUAAUCCUCAGUUUGCUGGUUCUUACGGAUACAUUGCUCCUGAGUAUGCUUGUAUGAUGAAGAUAACAGAAAAAAGUGAUGUAUACAGCUUUGGAGUAGUCCUACUAGAGAUAAUAACAGGGAAAAGACCGGUUGAUCCAUCAUUCCCAGAUGGAAUACAUGUUAUUCAGUGGGUGAGGGAGCAUUUGAAGAGCAAGAAGGACCCGAUCGACAUUCUUGAUUCAAAGCUACAAGGUCAUCCAGAUACACAAAUACAAGAGAUGUUACAGGCACUUGGUAUCUCUUUAUUGUGUACAAGUAAUCGCGCUGAUGACCGGCCUACCAUGAAAGAUGUCGCAGCAUUAUUAAGAGAAAUUCAGCAUGACACUACGUCAGCUUCUGAGCCCCAGAAGCCUAAAAGAUCUGAAACAUCAACGUAUUCUUCUUCUUCGGUGACCCCAGCUCAGUUGUUGUUUCUACAAUCAAACUCACAUUCACAUUCCUCGUCAAUUGCAUAUUCCUCUUCCUCGGCCGCAGCAGCUUACCAUUCGCCAAGGAACUAG